AUGGUCAUCCUGGGCUAUCUCUGGGUGCUGGCGCUCCCGUAUGACGGAUUAUGGAAGGGGACAUAUAUAGACGAGCAUUCGCUUCAGCCUGCACAGGUGACAAUGUACUGGGAUUGGCCGAAUGUGCAUAAAGCGGAUCAAUUUCUCGAACGCCUAGAAGAGCUUGUGAGGAGCAACAGCACGUUUGACGAGCGGAGUGCAUACCUCAUCCAAGCGUUCUCGGAAGCGGGCCUUUCGGCGGGCAACACGACAUCAGCGGUCUAUGCGAGCGUAAUGCCUCCGAGGUCGGCUGGGACGGAGACGAUUCUUAUUUCGGCGAAUUGGGUGUCGAGGGAUGGGGGUCCGAAUUUGAGGGGAGUGGCCACUUUGUUGGCCAUGGGUGACUUUCUGAGAGGCCAAAACCACUGGGCAUUCAAUUUCGUCCUCGUCAUCGGUGACUCGUACCUCACCGGCCUCUCCUCCUUCCUGGCCUCGUACCACACCCUCUUCCCCGGCGUCAUCUGGACCGGUCUUAACAUCGACUAUCCCGGUCACUCCUUCUCGCACCUCGGGGUCUUCUAUGAGGGGCUGAACGGCCGGCUCCCGAAUCAGGACGUACCCAACACGAUCGCGCAUGUCGGGAAAUGGGCAGGAGGGGUCGAGAUGCGAUUACAUGAUGUGCCAGAGGAGGCGCCGGAGUGGGUGCGAAGUAUACCGGGUAGAGAGGAUGUCAGGGGGAUGGUGGAGCGGUAUGUCGUCGGUGCGAGGCAUCUUUGGACGCAUGCGGGGUAUAUGGCGCUAGGGCGGGCGAGUGGGGCCCAUGGAGUCAUGGCAAAAUACCGUAUCGACUCGUCCACUCUCUACUGCACCCCCGCCUCCGGACCACACGGCUUUCACACCCUUGGUCGGACCCUCGAAUCGACCCUUCGAUCACUAAACAACCUCCUUGAACGCCUCCACGCCUCGUACUUCUUCUACCUCCUCCCGUCUCCCGGCCACUUCAUCCCCGUGGGCAAUUACCUCCCCUCGUCCAUCCUCCUCGGCGCCUCUGUCGUCAUUGGCGGUCUGGCGUGCCCUCAGCCCCCUUCUCCCGCGGGCAUGCUCUACCUCCUUCUCUCGAUGGGGAUUGGCGGACUGGCAUGGAUCGCCCAGACCCCACUGGUCUCGAUACUGGCGUUCCUCCUUCCUCGUCCGGAGGGAAGAGCGAGGGAGACGGUCCGGUGCCUUGCGCAUAUCGGAUAUGGGGCGAUGAUCCCGACGCUGGCGAUGCUCAACUACCCCCAGUCCCUGUUGCUCGCUACGGUCACUAUUGCGUAUCUGGUGCCGUAUAGAUCGGUACGGCUUGUAGCGCUCGCGGCGCACCCAGCGCUGGUGCAGUGGGCGUUGCCCGGCUUGAGGGCGGAGUGGGAGGUGUUGGGGAAUGCGUUUUGGCCAGGGGUAUUUGCGGUGUGGGUGCCGCUGUGGGUCAUAGCGGUUAUUAUCUGA